AUGCUGCUGUGGACAAUCCUCUGCCUAGGCGGUGCUGUGGCUUCUUCCAUCCCCAACCCUCAUAAACUCCGACUCCCUUACGUUCCUUCUUCCCACAACCUCGAAGAUGGCGUUAGAUCAAGACUCUCCAUAAGUUUAUCCAUCCAAAAUGGAAGCCUAUACGCCAAUGAACACCAACUUUAUCCUCCAUCAAAGAUAAUGCAGCUCCACGCGCCCCUCUAUGAAUUCAACCCCAGUGACGAGACCGUGGAAUUAUCCUACACGCUCGACACUCAAACACUCCCCACAGACAAAAUGGAAUCCACGGCGGAUAUGAUCCGCGUGCGAGUCGAGUGGUUCGAUCUGCAGGGAAACCUCGUGUCACCGGACGCAGUGGUCGUCGACCUUCUCGCCUUCCAAAAUGGAAAGUACGAGAUGUCUCGUCUCCGCGUCGAACCAGCUCGUGGCAGUGAUAAGGGAGAUCAUGUUUCCCAGAAGAGCCAGACGUGGGUGAUUAAUUACUGGAGGACACAAUUCGGUUCCAUUUUCGACAAGCCCAAGAUCAAGGCCAAGACCACGGCACCAACCCGCGAUUCAUUCCCGGUUACGGAAGAUUCCGUUCAAAACCGUGCUACCAAGGUCAUCAGCGGUAAAGCCACAACCGACUCUGGACCGGAGACUCAUUUCUUUUCCUUCUGGGCCACUCCAGCCCACCUUCACCACCACGCUGAACAUCGUCGUCCUCACCACGACCGCCAUCACAAGAACGCCUUUAUGCGAAUCAUCCGGCCCAUUAUCCUUCCUGCUUUGCUGGGUACUGCCGCUGGGCUGGUGGCUUGCUUGGUCGGGUUCUUCAUCGGAGAGCUACUGAUGUCCUUGGGAGUGAGUCUUGGAUGGCAAAAGGUACUCGGCGACAGGUCACGGAUUAUCUCAGUGGAAGAAGGCACGGUUUCUGAAAAGACCCCCAUGGUGCCGCAUGUUUAUGUGACAGACACUGCCGAGUCAGAUGUAUGA